UCUCUCUCUCUAACUCUUUCAAGACCUCCCCAACUGACUCGCUCUCUCUCUCUCUACCCACAUACACAUAUAUAUAUUCAUUGUGUGUUUGUUUUUUUCAUUUUCAAUUGAAUUCCAGACAAGCAAGCGAGAAGACGAAGCUGUUCUCGAUCUUCUUGCUUGUUCUUGCUAUACAUAUACACAUACACAUACAUAGAUAUAGAUAUAGCUAUAUAUAUAGAGAGAUAGAUUUGGCAUUGUGGGUGGAGGGAGAUGGGGAAGAUAGCGAAUACUAUACAUGGGUUGAAACCAGCGAUGAUGAUGGCGGUGGUUCAGGUUGCAUUGGCAGGAGUCAAUGUAUUUUACAAACUGGCUUCGAGUAUUGGAAUGAGCAUGAGCGUCUUGAUUGCCUAUCGCUUUGUAUUUGCUGCUGCCUUCAUUGUCCCUAUCGCUCUCCUCCUUGAAAGGAAAAGUAGACCAAAGUUAACAUGGAAAGUGGCGUGCCAAGCUUUUCUUUGUGGGUUACUUGGAGGAUCAAUGGCACAAAAUCUAUACGCACAGAGUUUGGUUUUGACAUCAGCGACUUUUGCUGCUGCUAUGACCAAUCUCAUCCCCGCCUUCACCUUCAUUUUGGCCAUCUCUUUCGGGAUGGAGAGGCUAGGAUUGGGUACAAUGACAGGUAAGGCGAAGGUGGCAGGGACAUUGAUGUGCAUAGGUGGAGCUAUGUUGCUCACGUUCUACAAAGGGGCAGAACUCAACAUCUGGUCAACCAACGUUGACCUUCUCCAUCACAAGCAUGGACACGUGGCAACACCACACACACAUGAUGGUAAUCACGUGUUGGGAGCUUUACUGGUUGUGUCGUGUUGUUUCUCUAGUGCAAUGGGAUUGAUUGUUCAGACUAAGAUGAUCCGGAACUACCCUUGUGUGUACUCCAGCACUGCUCUGAUGAUCACGAUGGGAGCAAUCCAAGCCGUUGGAUUUGCACUCUGCAUGAAUAGAGACUGGAGUGCAUGGAAGUUGGGAUGGAACCUCAGACUACUAGUUGUUUCUUACUCGGGGAUUGUGGCUUCUGGAGUAACAUUUACACUCAUGGCAUGGUGUGUACAAAUGAGGGGUCCACUAUUUGUAUCAGUUUUUAGUCCUCUGAUGCUUGUUCUUGUGGCAAUAGCUGGCUCAUUGCUAUUGGACGAGAAGCUACACUUGGGAAGCGUGAUAGGAGCUGGGGUGAUAGUGUGCGGAUUAUACAUGGUUUUGUGGGGAAAAGGAAAGGAGUUGAAGAGAAUUACACAACUGAUGCCAUCAAAGAGUGCCCGAGAAUCGGAAUGUAUCGAUAUCAUUGUCACUUCUUUGACAGAAAACAACAAUGGAAGUAGCAACGACAUUGUAGCAGUUAUUCCAAGUAGUCCUUCGAUUCUUUACAAUGAUGCUUUAGACGUCGAUAUACUAGAAAUAAACAAGAAAGAAGAACAGCAAGAUAAAAGUUUAGAGGUGAAUGUGAAUGUGUAAACAUAGGAGCAUGGUAAUUAUUAAUGUAGUAUUAUAGUAAAGUUUGUAGGAAAUUUUAGUGUAAACUGUCACCCCCAACCGCCCAUAAAUUUGGGCAUUUUUGGUAGGGUUGGUGGUUGUGUUUGUAAUAGUGUUCUUCAAUUUCUUUGAACUGAUAAGUGUUUUAUAUUUUCAAAAAUGAAAUUCAUAAUAUAUAUAUAUAU